AUGAUCUUAUCCAAGUUCUCUCUUGCUCCAUUCGACCUGAUGAGAUUUAUGAAUUAUGUUUGCCAGGAAAUGCUAACAAUGCCUGAUAUUAUGCCACAGGUUAUGCAUCCUUACAAUGCCGAAACUGACUUUGAGCUGUCUCUGUCAGCCGGUGACUGUUGUGGUCAGAGAGGUUCGCCACUUACCAGAAUGGCGACAAGUAAUGGGUGGGCGGGAGGGGAAUGCAAAGGGAGAGCAGGUUGGUUCCCAUUUGGAUAUAUCGAAGGAAGGGAGAGAGUCCUGGCGAGCAAAAUAGCCUGAAGUGGUUUAAAGACUUGAACUUUUCUGUAUUGUCUCAUCUCUUGCUUUUUCCUCUUUGUGAUUUAGGUACCAAAAAUAUUCAUGCCCUCUUGCUAGUAUAUGACAGUCAGUUUAUCCUGUGUAUUUUUUGCAGUAAUAGUUUCAUUUCGCUAUAACAUAACGUAAUUGUACAGAAAUCAAUGUUAGUUUCUUGCAG